AGUUGCAGAAGCAGCAACAGGAAGAGCCUGAUCCUGACAAGCAGCAGCUCUCCGACGCUCCCCCGGCCGCAUUCUCCUCUGCCGGGCCACAUAGGCGGAAGCCCUAUGGACAGCCCUCGCAAUUUCUCUCCUAGUGCCGCUGCUCAUUUCUCCUUUGCAUCAUCACGCAGCCGGACAGAUGGCCGUCGUUGGUCCCUUGCCUCCCUCCCAUCAUCAGGAUAUGGAACGAAUACCCCAAGCUCCACUGUGUCAUCCUCCUCCUCAUCUCAGGAACGUCUGCACCAGCUUCCCUUCCAACCCACCUUGGAUGAACUUCACUUCCUCUCCAAACAUUUUGGCAGCACUGAGAGCAUCCCUGAUGAUGAUGGGGGUCGAAGGUCCCCUGCAGUGAGACCACGGUCUCGAAGCCUGAGCCCUGGCCGGUCACCCUCAUCUUAUGACAAUGAAAUAGUGAUGAUGAAUCAUGUCUAUAAGGAGAGGUUCCCUAAGGCCACGGCACAGAUGGAGGAUCGACUCCGGGUGUUCAUCUCCAACUUCUCUCCAGAGAAUGUUCUACCACUGGCAGAUGGGGUCCUUAAUUUCAUCCACCACCAGAUUGUGGAGCUGGCCAGGGAUUGCCUGACCCGGAGCACUGAGGGCAUGAUCACCAGUACCUACUUCUACCAGCUGCAGGAUAACUUGGACAAAUUGCUACUGGAUGCCGUGGAACGAUCUGAAGGAUCAGAGGUGGCUUUCAUCGCCCAGUUGAUGAAGAAUCUUCUCAUUAUUAUCUCUCGGCCAGCACGUCUUCUAGAGUGCCUGGAGUUUAACCCUGAGGAGUUUUUUAUCAUUUACUGGAGGCAGCUGAGGACCAGGUGAAGGAGGGCAAUCUGAAGACAGACAUACCCCAAUAUAUCCUUCGUCAGCUGGGACUCACGAGGGACCCUUUCCCAGAGGUUGUGGCUGCUGAGGAGCCAGUCAGCGUGGAGACGCACACACCAGACAGUGAGGACAUCGGGGAGGGAAAAGUAGGUGCAGUCUCAAAGCACAUAAGACCGCCAGAGGAGAGCGACUUUGAAACCAUUAAGCUGAUCAGUAAUGGUGCCUAUGGGGCUGUAUAUUUGGUACGACACCGGGAGACCCGACAGAGGUUUGCUAUGAAGAAAAUCAACAAGCAGAACCUUCUCCUGAGGAACCAAGUCCAUCAGGCCUUUGUAGAGAGGGACAUCCUGACUUUUGCACAGAACCCUUUUGUGGUCAGCAUGUUCUGCUCCUUUCAGACCCGCCGGCAUCUCUGUAUGGUCAUGGAGUAUGUGGAAGGGGGCGACUGUGCCACGCUUCUGAAGCACAUUGGUGCCCUUCCACUGGAGAUGGCACGGCUAUAUUUCGCUGAGACUGUAUUGGCUUUGGAGUACCUGCACAAUUAUGGGAUAGUUCACCGAGAUCUGAAACCUGACAAUCUUUUGAUUACUUCCAUGGGUCAUGUAAAACUAACUGAUUUUGGCUUAUCCAAAAUGGGGCUUAUGAAUCUCACCACCAUUUGUGGGACCCCAGAAUACAUUGCUCCAGAGGUAAUCCUGCGACAGGGCUAUGGAAAGCCAGUGGAUUGGUGGGCAAUGGGCAUUAUACUGUAUGAGUUCCUAGUGGGCUGUGUCCCUUUUUUUGGUGACACCCCUGAAGAGCUGUUUGGUCAGGUGAUCAGUGGUGAGUAUAUCUUAUCCUCCUGUCUUUCAUAUGUUUAG